AUGCUCUUGAAGAAGAGGUGCAGAUAUGGAUCACGUAAGCUUCAGUUUCUCUUGUUGUUGCUGAUGCUGGGUUUUUUGUUACUGAUGGUUACAAUCCUGAAUCCACCAUUCCGGGACCUGAACAAAGAGGGGACAUCCCAGCCAUUAAAGUUCAGUCCCAGAGAAGGGUAUCAGCUGGACUUUCCGGAAACCCAAGAAAUGUUGGAGACUCAGGAGGAGAGCCAGCAGUACUACCCCAUGGUGGGGUUAUCCCCUUUCAUUUCCCUCCGGGAGGACGAGCUGCUAGUGGCCAUUGUGUCACCCACAGCUAGGAGAAACCACAGCAAGGCUAGAAAAGGAUACCGAAUGGUGAAGCAGCAGAGCAAAAGGCAGGAAGAAAAGACUGAUGUCAAACCAAGGGGAAACCAAGAGUCCCAGCUCAUGUCCUUUCCCCUGCAGGAUGCAGAAGAGGCUGCUGGGGGUGAGCAAUUGGCAAUCCUUGGCCUGGAAACUCAUGGCUUUAAUGAAGCGCUCAGUGAGCGGAUUUCUCUGCGCAGGGAGCUGCCUGAGGUGCGGCAUCCUUUCUGUCUGCAACAGGACUAUGACCCCAACCUUCCUACUGCUAGUGUCAUCAUCUGUUUCCACGAUGAAGCCUGGUCUACUCUCUUGAGAACUGUGCACAGUGUUAUGGACACAGCCCCAACGGCCUCUCUGAAGGAAAUUAUCCUUGUCGAUGACCUCAGUCAACAAGGGCAUCUGAAGUCAACCCUGAGUGAAUACAUCUCCAAGCUGGAUGGUGUGAAAUUGAUCAGGAGCAACAAGAGGCUCGGGGUCAUCCGGGGUCGUAUGUUGGGAGCUGCACGGGCAACUGGGGAUGUGCUGGUCUUCAUGGACUCCCACUGUGAGUGUCACACAGGCUGGUUAGAACCCCUGUUGGGCAGACUAGCCACUGAGAGAAAUCGAAUCGUCUCCCCUGUCCUAGAUGUCAUUGAUUGGAAGACUUUUCAGUAUUAUCACUCUGUGGAUCUGCAACGAGGUGGUUUUGAUUGGAAAUUAGAUUUCCAUUGGGAGCCGCUGCCAGAGCAUGAAGAGAAGGUACGCCAGUCUGCCAUCAGCCCCAUCAGAAGUCCUGUGGUGCCUGGUGGAGUAGUGGCAAUGGACCGACAUUACUUCCAAAAUAUUGGCGCUUAUGAUUCCGACAUGACUCUAUGGGGGGCAGAAAACCUAGAAUUAUCCAUAAGGGCAUGGCUCUGUGGUGGUUCUGUUGAAAUCCUUCCAUGCUCACGGGUGGGGCACAUUUAUCGAAAUCGUAUCCCGCACACUUUUCCCAACGAAGAGGCUGCAGUGAGGAACAAAAUCCGAAUAGCAGAGACCUGGCUGGAUUCUUUUAAAGAGAUUUUCUACAAGCAUGACACAGCGGCAUUCCUAAUUAGUAAAGCUGAGAAGCCAGAUUGCAACGAGCGCCUUCAGCUGCAAAAGCGACUGGGCUGUAGAAAAUUUCAUUGGUUUAUAUCAAAUGUAUACCCCGAACUCCACCCACCAGAGUACAAACCAAGAUUCUCUGGCAAGCUGUACAACACUGGUGUUGGCUUCUGUGCAGAUUACAGAUCUGCCUGGGAUGCUGCAGAAGGUCUUAUUGAGCUGUCUCCUUGUAGUGACAAUAUUAACCAGCAUUUUGAAUAUAACAGUAUGAAGGAAAUCCGGUUUGGAUCCGCUCUGCAGUUUUGCUUUGAUGUCAGACAUGAGAAGGUUAUCCUUCAAAACUGUACACAAGAGACAGAAAAUAACCAGCAACAAUGGGAUGUCCAGGAGGGUGGAAUGAUUGUCCACAUCCUUUCUGGUAAAUGUCUAGAGGCAGUGAAGAGUGAAGCUGAGAAGGACUUGUCCUUACAUGUAUGUAACAAGAAUGAGAAUCAGCUGUGGCAAUUUGAUCACUUGCAUGUGCUAGAUGAGAGAUGA